GUCUGACAUGAGUCCGCCGGCCGCCGGGUGCUGCCAUGUGACCGGCUUCAAGGUGGAGAACUGGAAGCAGAACCUGAGGGUGAUCUACCAGUGCUUCGUGUGGAGCGGGUCGGCCGAGACCAGGAAGCGCAAGGCAAAGUCGUGCAUCUGUCACAUGUGUGGUGCCCAUCUGAACAGACUUCAUUCUUGCCUGUACUGUGUCUUCUUUGGCUGUUUUACAAAGAAACACAUUCACGAGCACGCGAAGGCAAAGCGACACAACUUAGCCAUAGACCUUUUGUAUGGGGGUAUAUACUGCUUUAUGUGUCAAGAUUACAUAUACGACAAAGAUAUGGAACAAAUUGCCAAAGAAGAACAACGGAAAGCUUGGAAGCUACAAGCCUUCACUCCAACAAUGGUUUCUCACUACCAGUGUACAAUGACAGGUAUUGGAGAGAAGUAUUCAACAUGGGAGCCAACCAAACGCGAGUUAGAGCUGCUUCGACACAACCCCAAGCGGAGGAAAAUAACUACAAACUGCACCAUAGGUCUCAGAGGGCUAAUCAAUCUUGGGAACACGUGUUUUAUGAACUGUAUAGUCCAAGCACUUACCCACACUCCUCUACUGCGAGAUUUCUUCCUCUCCGACAGACACAAAUGUGAAAUGCAAAGUCCCAGCUCAUGUCUGGUCUGUGAAAUGUCUACACUUUUUCAGGAGUUCUACUCUGGGCACCGAUCUCCUCACAUUCCAUAUAGGUUACUGCACCUGGUAUGGACGCACGCACGGCAUUUAGCAGGGUACGAGCAACAGGAUGCGCACGAGUUCCUCAUUGCUGCAUUAGAUGUGCUACAUCGGCACUGCAAAGGUGACGAUAAUGGGAAGAAAGCCAACAACCCCAACCACUGUAACUGCAUCAUAGACCAAAUCUUCACAGGUGGACUUCAGUCUGACGUCACUUGCCAGGUCUGCCACGGUGUUUCCACGACGAUAGACCCGUUCUGGGACAUCAGUUUGGACUUGCCAGGUUCCUCUACCCCGUUUUGGCCUCUGAGCCCAGGCAGCGAUGGUAGCGUCGUGAACGGGGAGAGCCACAUGUCAGGAACCACCACCCUCACAGACUGCUUGCGAAGGUUUACAAGGCCAGAACAUUUAGGAAGCAGUGCCAAAAUCAAAUGUAGUGGUUGCCAUAGCUACCAAGAAUCUACCAAACAACUCACUAUGAAGAAAUUACCCAUUGUGGCCUGUUUUCAUCUCAAACGGUUUGAACACUCAGCCAAACUGAGGCGAAAGAUCACUACGUACGUCUCCUUUCCACUGGAGCUGGACAUGACGCCUUUUAUGGCCUCCAGUAAAGAGAGCCGGAUGAACGGACAGUACCAGCAACCAGCGGAUAGUCUAAACAAUGAUAAUAAGUAUUCCUUGUUUGCAGUAGUUAAUCACCAAGGAACCCUGGAGAGCGGGCACUAUACCAGCUUUAUUCGGCAACACAAGGACCAGUGGUUCAAAUGUGACGAUGCCAUCAUCACCAAGGCUAGCAUUAAGGAUGUACUAGACAGUGAAGGGUAUUUGCUGUUCUAUCACAAACAGUUCCUGGAGUAUGAAUAGCCUUAUCCGGCAGCUUUGAGAGAGAGAAAAAAAAUGCAAGGAAGCAAAACGAAUGGCAGCCUUCUGAAAGGAGGGGGGGAAGACACGCAAACCUACCUGAAAUGAAAAGACACCCAUUCUACACCUUAGCACUGAGCUGCGAACAGGACCUGCUUGCCGCUGGCUCACGACCUAGCGGAGUCAGACACGAACCCAUGUUUCCACUGUGUAAUGCAGUCCUGCAGGGACAGAAGAGGGGGGGAAAUGUAAACGAGGCUACAGACAGUGACUUUUUUGUGAGAGAGGAAAUAUAAUAACGGAAAGAUUGCUCUGGGUGGGGGGGAAAAACUGGGAGUCCACGCGCUGGCACAUCUCCCCGAGUUCCUCCAAAAAAUGUGUGUGGGAAGGCCGGGCGGGGGGGGUUGUACUCUCAUCUCCAUACAAGCAUCUUCUCCAUUGGUGCUUCUGCUCCAAGUAUUGACCAAUCAUAUGACAGUUAUAAUUUAAAAACAAAAGCCUGAAUCCAAACCCAUUUUUUUAAAAAAACAAACGAAAAAUGCCUAUGGGUCCGAACGCAGUAAAAAAAAUGGAGGAGAAUUGGGAAGACGCAACGAAAAUGGACUUUGCAAGUACCUUUUUAUUUGUGAAUUUUAGUUAUUAAAUAAAUACAGUAUAAUAUUAUUAGGCUCUUCAUUUUGUGUUUUGGUGAGCAUUAAAAGACUGGAUUUGCGGGCACUGGAAGAUGAUCUCCGUGUGGCAACUCCCUUGGGCACCUCUUUGCUGCUGCACAGGUAA